AUGAGUGCCAAUUGCGGCGAGGACUCCAAGGCAGAGCUGACCAUCUUGCAGGAUCCAGUGGCAUUGUGUGCUCUUGGCACUUUGGGCCUGCUGUGCGUGUGCUCCGGGCUUUGGGUUCUCAAAGCCGUGAGAAGUUGGCGGUGGAUCCGAGCGGACGAGAAGUUGCAGGCCCGGGUGAAUGAACAGCAGCUCCUGAGCAUUCAAGUGGUCACCUUGGUGGCGAUGUGCGCCAUGAUGGCGCUGGCAGCGUCACACGUGGCGCAGGUGGCCUCAGAGAGAUGGCCUCAGAUCAACGACCUCCAAGUUCUGGUGGUCUGCGCUUGCUGGUUGGUGCUGCUUCUUUGCCAUGCGGCUAGCCAGAGAAAGGCUGUCUCUCCUCUAUGGAUGCAGGCCGCCUACCACAUCUCCAUGCUGAUUUGGUGCGUGGCGAUCCUCCCUUGCUUCGAUCAGUCGCGAUGUCAUCUUUUCCUUCCGAUAAGCUGUAUGGGCCGCAUGCUGGCGCUGUGCUUGCCACGCUACUGUGCAGAGGUGUUCUUUUGGAACCUGGUCUAUGUGGUGCUCAGCUUUGCCUUUGGGGACCUCGGCUUCUGGGAGGUCUCCGUGGCAAUUCUGGCGCUCUGCGGCUUUCUGGGCUUCAAGAAGAUCUUGCUCUUCUUGGCUGUCCAGAGCCAAAGUCUCGAUAACUUGCGACUGCAGCUGAAGGCCCACCAGACCUUGUCCUCCUCCAGCUACGAUGCAGUCAUGCUGCUGGAUGAGGACCUGCAGGUGCUCGAGUCGGGCGGCUGGCAGGCGGCAGAGCGAGGGGCCAAGGUACAAGAACUCCUGGCCGAGGAGGACUUCCCAGGCUUCAGCGAACAGCUUCGCCAGGAAGCCGAGGCGGGCGCCUUCCAGGCCAAACUCCGCAAUGCGGCAGGUGUGCUCGUGCCGGUGGAGUGCCAUCACGUGAGCAUGGACGCGCUCCCCGGGACUCGAGCUCGCUUUUUGGUGGCGAUGAAACUCGCGGCGGCGGCGCAAACGGCCAGGACCGCCAAGGAGGAGCUGGUCUUGGAGUUCGACGCCUUCUCUUUCAAAGUCCGAGGCUCCUCCAAGCCUUUUCAGCAAGCCUUCGGCGGCGGGGGGCGGCGGAAGGUCACGGAGUUCCUGACGGAGGACAGCCAGGAGUUCUUCAAGAAGCAGCUGACCGCCAAGUGCAAUGAGUUCGCCUACUCAGAGCUGAAUUCGGACACAAUGGAGCUGCCCUUGGUCUUUGAUUCCCAAAGCGGGAGGCUUGACCACCCCUGCCGCGUGGUGGUCGCCAAGACAGGCAAUAAAGGUCAGAUCCUUGCACAGCUGCAUGUCAGCGUGGACAAACGCAUCAAACCUCAGCGCCGCAACCCAGAGACAGGCAGUAUCCUGGAGAUCCGCGGGAAGUCAAAGCCGAGCAGCAGUGAUGCACCCCCGCCCAGCCAUGGCCACGGCCUCUGGAAAGCCAUGAUUUAG